UAAGUAUCUGUAAGUAUCUAAGUAUCUGUCUCACUCUCAGCUUUCCGUCAAAAUAUUCAAGAAAAAACAUUAGUUAAAAACAAAUUUCCCAUGAGUAACAGCCAAGACCAAAUACCUGAACUUCCUGAUCUUUAUGAUCCCAUUUUCUGUAACAUUUUGAAGUUUUUGGAUAACCAUGAUUUGCCCCACUUCUCUGAAGUGUGUCCCCAUCGGAGUGAUUUAAUCGAUUGUCGAGCUGAACAAGUUAGAUUUUUGAUUGCUUAUCCGGAUGAUGCAGCGGAUUAUUUUCAUUACCAAAUAGAGAAACUGAACAAUGGAGUCUAUUUGCUUACAUUUACAAAAUUACUGAUUGCUGAUAUUACUCCUAAAUUGAAUGCAAGAGUAAAACGUGAACAUAUUUUUGAAUUGAUCAACGCGAAUCAACAAACUUUAAAAGGAUUAAUUUAUAAUUAUCGAGACUAUAAAGGAAUAACACGGAAUUGUAAUCAACUCGAAAUGAUAUCAUCCAAUGGUGUUGAACACCACGUAAAACAGAAUGGUGAAAAGGUGAAACAAUUGCGCCUUCGCUAUUAUACUUUAGGUGCCUUAACAAAAAAAUUUAUAAGUAAGGAACCCGUUAAUGGAAAAAAGAAAAGAGUGCAAGACAAACAUUAUUUUCCGAAUCUUGAAAGACUAAAUAUUUAUAAUAGAAAAGAUCAUCACUAUAUAGAAUAUGGACUAAAAUAUGGACCAGAAUUUACAAAUCUCAAAAUAUUUGAAUCGAAAUUUUAUGUUCGUAAAUGCACCACAAACAUUUAUUACGGUUUCCAUCUUAUUAUAAAUUUUUGUCCAAAUUUACAAAGUGCACAUAUUGAAGUAGAAGCUGAUAAUUUGGAAACUUGUUCAUCGGACACACCUAAUCAUUAUUGUUUGCAAGAUUUAGUAAUAAAUUUCUGUCAUAAAAGUCGAAUCAAGUGGGAUGAUAUUAAACAACUGUUAUUUAAAUUCAAAAACCUCAAACACCUUGCAUUGAGGGCACGUGAAAACUUAUUAGAUGAUCAUAUCCUGGAAUUGGCGACUAAUUUACCAAAUUUAGUGCUACUUGAUGUUCGUGGAUGCCCUAAAGUUACUCAGGGAGCUGCUGAUCGUGUUAAAGAUCUUAAUGAACAAGAGGGAAAAUCAAUCAAGUUUUACUUCAACGGAAAUAGCAAUGAAAUCGUAUCAGAUUGGCCUCAGUUAUCCACUAAAAAAGAAAAAAUCAGUCGAGGUUUCGAAUUCAUGAAACAUUGCUUUCUCAAAGAUUUUAAUGACCUUCCCCAUUUCUUGGUUCCUAUUGAUUAUUGUAAACCACAUACAGUACAAGAACUCUCAUAGGUUGUAAGAAACUCAACAUCUAGCGGAUUUGACGUUUAACCUGACUUAUGAGUAAGUUUCUUACAAAUUAAUUCUUGGUGCAAUAGUGAUCUAUCUAGAUGGCUGGACCGCUUACAACCUUUGGAUGUACAAAUUUUGAUCGGUUUUACUUUAUUUUUUAUUUUUGAUAUGCUAUAUGAUACUCAGGAAGCCUAUUUAGGGAUUUUGUAUUCAAUAUCUUUUUCAAUACUUCUUUACUCUUUGAUCUU